UGGCGGCGCGCGGCCGUCGCCGCGGAGGAGGGAGGGCGCCGUGGCGGCGGCGGCGGACCUGUGAGGGAGGCGGCGGCCGGGCCCGGCCCGGUCCGGUCCGGUCCGGCCCGGUCCCGGCGAGCCAUGCGGCGACCGUAGCCAUGCAACGCGCCGAACUGCGGGAAGGGGAGGCGGCGGCGGCCGCCGCGGCCUCCUACCGGGUGCUCAGCCGCCUGCUGGGCUACGGGGCCGGCCCGGAGGCGGGCGCGGCGGCGGGCGGUGCCGUUACCGGCGCGGCGAUCGCUGGGUCGUUGGGCCCCGGUGGCGGACGGCUACCGGUUGCUUCGUUACCGGGUGGCGGAGCCUUGCGGGGUCCGCGACCUCCGCCUCAGCUGAUGGUGUUCCGCAACGCGGCGGAGGGGCGGCCCGGCGAGGAGGGCGGCCCGGCGGCGGGAGGCGGCGGCGGCGGCGGGGGCCCGGCGGGCGGCGGCGAGCUGCUUUGCCCGCGGCACCGUUGCGCUCUGGAGCCCAAGGCGGCGGCGAGGUGGGGAACCGCGCCGCCGGGUGGGCUGGAGCUUCAGCUGGCGGCCCUGGGGCUGCGGCCGGCCGGGCUGGGGGCGAAGGGACCGGCGGGCUGCCCCUGCCCGUGCCUCGGUCCGCCGCCGCCCGCCGGGCCAGCCGCCGAGGAGACCAGCGACGCGUUACUGGUGCUGGAAGCGUUGGAGCCCGACGAGACCGGGAGCUGCUCCGAGGAGGAGCCCGGUUCUCCCGGCCGCGGAGCAGCCCGCGCCGCCGGGAGAGGAGCCACCGGCCCCGCGCCGCCGCCGCCGCCCGCCGCUGCCCCCGGGGGAGCCGGCCCCGGCGCCAGGAAGGGUUCGCUGAAGAUCCGCCUCAGCCGUCUCUUCCGUACCAAGAGCUGCAGCGGCGGCUCGGCCACCGGGGACACCGCCGCCGCUGCCGCCGAGGGCCGGCGCACCGGGGAGCUGCCCGUCUCCGCCGGCAGCCUGACCGACGUCUGCGGGGCCCGCGGCCGAGAGCAGGAGGCGGGCAGGAAACACAGACUGACAAGAACUCAAAGUGCCUUUUCCCCGGUUGUGUUCGGCCCCCUCUUCACAGGUGAAACAGUGUCACUGGUGGACGUGGACAUCUCUCAGCGAGGACUGACCUCCCCUCACCCUCCGACUCCACCACCUCCACCACGAAGAAGCCUCAGCCUGCUAGAUGAUAUCAGUGGGACGCUGCCUACGUCUGUCCUAGUGGGUCCAAUGGGCUCCUCCCUGCAGUCUUUCCCUCUGCCUCCGCCUCCUCCACCCCAUGCCCCAGAUGCCUUCCCACGGAUUGUCCCGCUGAGGCCGAUGGAGGCGAUGCCCGGCCAGCCCGCCCCUCACCUGCAGUGUCCGCUCUACCGCCCGGACUCCAGCAGCUUUGCAGCCAGCUUGCGAGAGCUGGAGAAGUGUGGAUGGUACUGGGGACCGAUGAACUGGGAGGACGCAGAGAUGAAGCUGAAGGGGAAGCCAGAUGGGUCCUUUCUGGUCCGAGACAGUUCUGACCCCCGUUACAUCCUGAGCCUCAGCUUUCGGUCGCAGGGCAUCACCCAUCACACCAGGAUGGAGCACUACAGAGGGACCUUCAGCCUGUGGUGCCAUCCCAAGUUUGAAGACCGCUGCCAGUCCGUGGUGGAGUUCAUAAAGAGAGCAAUCAUGCACUCCAAAAAUGGGAAGUUCCUCUACUUUCUCCGAUCCAGGGUUCCAGGUCUUCCUCCAACGCCUGUCCAGCUCCUGUAUCCAGUCUCCAGGUUCAGCAAUGUCAAAUCCCUUCAGCACCUUUGCCGCUUUCGGAUCAGGCAGUUGGUCCGAAUAGAUCACAUCCCUGACCUCCCGCUGCCCAAGCCCCUGAUCUCCUACAUCCGCAAGUUCUACUACUACGACCCGCAAGAGGAGGUGUAUCUGUCGCUGAAGGAAGCUCAGCUCAUCUCCAAACAGAAGCAGGAGACCGAAUCCUCCACGUAGCGAGGCUGCCUCACCCAUCUUGUUGCUGCCACUGAUGGAAUUUGAUUGUUGCCAUCCUGUAGCCCAAGUCAGGCUGUGGUGGGAAGGAGGCACGCGAUGGUGAAGCCUGCUUCUGCGGUGCCGCUUCUGCUCUCAAGCUCUUUUGUACAGAGAAGAGGGUUCAAGGCUCCUAAGAAGCACAGCAGAACGGGAACAAGAGCCUCAGCUCCUGCCUUGAGGGAGAGGGGUCUCGGAGACAGCUGAGCCCGGCUCAUGGACUCCUUGAAGAACAAAGAAUGUCAUGGCACUAUUUACAACUUUUUGAAAGUUUUAUUUUUGAUGUCGUCUUUUUUUUUUUUUUCAGCAUGAGAAAUACUGUCUUAUGAUCAGCUGAAUUUUUUUAUCCUCCCUUGGAAACUUCAAGGUGGGGAGAGAGAAGGGGACUUUCUAAGAAGAUCAUCUGCUCCAGGCAUUAUGGCAAGACUGUUCUUUGGUCCUCACUGAGAGGGGAUGCAGCUGGAGAGCUGCUUGGAGGCAGACUGAGCCAGAAUGAUGUGCAGCUACGUGGAAUAACCUCUGGGAAGCAUGGAGCUCUGAACAGCGGGCAGCUGCACAGCUCCCCUGCUUUCUAGGAUUUGGGAGAAGAGGGCCAAACCUAGUCUUGGGCAGCUGAGCUUUGCAACUGGAUUUGCAGGGUGGUCCUAUAUGCUUUUAAAUUGGGCCCAAGGAAGGAAGAGCAUGUGAGCCAUUUGGAUGUCAUGGAGCAUUCAGCCAAAGGGAAUGGUUGCUGCUGCACUGGGGAAACAAGGGCUGCUCCUCCGAGGUGGCAUCGUUCCCUUAGCAAACACUGGAAGAUUUUGCUGAACCCCUGUGAUAAGUGGAAGGAAGGUGGCAAAGCUGUUGCUGUAACUGUUGCAGCAGUCCCUGGACCAAAGGUAGUUGCUACAGGGAUCUCAGUCUUGCAGAGCCGUGGGAUGUGCACUUUUAGCCUUUCUCUGGUUGUCUCCAGAAGCUGUGAAUGAAGUGGCUUUCUGUUGAGCUGUGAAGGAUCAUGAUUAGGAGUUGCUGGGGCAUUAAGAGGCAUCUCUGGGGAGACUCAGAGCAAGGAGCAGAUAGCUGAGGGUUCUCCUGGAACGGCAUCUGAUCUCUGCGAGCUUGCUUGCUGCUUCCUCCUCUCCCUGGGAUGUCCACGGAACCACAGCAGUUCAGAAACAGUAAAGCCAAGAGAGGUGGUAGCUCUUGCUGUGUUUCUGGGCUUGGCACUGGCUGAAAUACCCCACCCUUUCAAAUGCUGGUCUGCUGUUUCAUCCACUGCAGCAACUGCAAAGAGUUUGCAUUUCAUGGUGAAGUUUAAAGUUUGCCUGAAGUGAUGCUGAGAAGUCUGGAGAAGCAUCUUUCCUCCUGUAUGUAAAUGAGCAAGUGUUCCUGUGCUCUCAACCCGAGUGAAGGAAACGCUCCAUCCUGCAACUGUGUGGUCUGAAAAUGCAAUGUUGUCUGUGGCCCGGGUCUGCAGAUCUGAGGUCGGUGCCCCGUGAGCUGGCUGCAGUCACUCAGGAGCUGCUAAGACUUUGGUCUUGCCCUGCAGAAUGAUCUAUGUCCUUGAAUUAGAUACAGUUGCGUGGAUCUUAAAGCAGCCUGGAAAAAUUCUGAUUGUCUGCCUCUGCCAAGUGUUGCUACGAAGGGUGCUAACAAAUCAUGCCCUCCCUUUCUUCACCAUCACCUCUGGCCUCAGUUUUGGUCUUGGAGAAAAAGUAUGUUUUUUAAAAAGGAUUUGGCUUCCAGAUGAAACUAAUAACUAAGCUUCAAAAUCUGUAGAAAUACCUCAUCGGACACUACUCACUACUGACUUUCUGUUGCAUGGUCGGGGCAGUGGUUAUCAGGAAGGAGGAGCUGCCCCAAGACGUGCUGAACAGCAUAUCCUGACCCUUGGUGAAAUUGGAGCUACUGUAGUCUACAGCUACUGUGUCCCCUCUGUGCGGGGACCAAUGUUCAUCCCUCCACAGCUGCCGCUGCAUUCCCUCCCCUCGGCUGUAGACCUACAGCUCACACCAAGUUAUCAGCAGAGCCUGCAAAUAAAUGCAACUGCUUCGACUAAAACGCACAGCACGCUGGGCGAAUGUUGGGGGGAGGAAAAAGCAUCUGUACUUGUGCAGGUGAAACUCAAAUAUCCAUGCACCUGGCCCUGCUGCAUCUCAGUUGUCCACGUGCUGAAGAUUUGAAUCUUCCAACUUAUCUGUAUGCUGGAAAGGAAAACCUUCCCAAGAGUCAAGCCUGGUCUGAUGCCUGAAGUGUCCAACUCCAUGCCAGUGAAGAACAGUGUGCCCGGUGCAUGUGUCUCCUGUCAAGCUUCUCUCCAAAAAGAGACCCCGGAGGCAAGGAUGCAUGUGAAUAGGUGAUGGCCUGUAGGACGUGUGAAAUGGGGGAGCUGUGAGUCUUCCCUUGCCGAAGCCAGGGAGAAGCCGGUCCUCUCCCUAGUGUGAUGGUAGUGACAGCAUUUUCACUCCUUCCUUCCCUGUUCUGGGAGGGAGAGGCGCAGGCAGGGUUUGGGAAGGGAAAGCAGCCGUCCCGGAGAGCAGACCAGGGAAAACUGGUGCUGGCUGGGCACUGGGAAUCGGUGCAGAGCCCGUCCUGCCGACACUGGGCUUGCCUGGGGUGAAAACGCACAACCCUGCUCCACGGCGGGUCGGGAGAGCCGUCCGGCACUGCUCAGCUCCCCGCGUGCCCCUCCGGGGAUCUCUCUGCGUACCCCCAGAGCUCCCCGCAAGGGUGGAUGGGGUGGCUCUGUGGCUUUCGGAGCUGUUAGAGAAGCAGCCAGACUUUAGGGGCAAUACUUGAAUUUACAUGUAUUUGGCUGGCUGUCGCUGUCCUUGGGAGGACUUCUCCCAACAGCCUGCUGGUGCUUCUGCUGUUAUUUGAAUCCUGUGCACGGCGGGGGCAGCCCUCCCCAAAUUGAAGCCAGCAGCAAGGCUUGGGGUCUGUCUGCAGCAGCUGAAAUGAUGGAGGAGAUGUGCUCUGGGGUGUUAGGUAGGGGAUGGUGGGACACCAGCCUGUCACGCUGACGUGCUUGGUGUCAGCUGUAGCUGCACAAGACCCCCCCCAUCAAUCUGCACCCGCAGGAGCGGUGGGGUCAGCUCUGCCGUGAAGGUGGCAGAUGCUCUUCAGCCUUCCCAGGGCCCUGCUCCACCUCUCCUUGCUCCAAGACAGGCAGGGGAGCUGGAGCGUGGUCAGUGCCAGCCUGCUGCCUAUGGCUAAUAGUGCUGGAUAAGAUCCCAAGGUUAACUGUAGUUAACAGCCUUCUCUUGAAAUCCAUUUAAAAUAAAGCUGUUCCUAGAGUUCCUUCACAUCUAGGUGUAAGGAGAGGGAGGGACUUGAUCUGCUGUUUGGAAGUGGGAAAAGGUCCAGAGAUUUUUGUUUCAAGGCUGGGUGUGAGUGGAGCAAGCAGAGUGGUCUCUGCUGAGGGGGUGAUGGUCUUUGUGGACACGGGUGGGAUCUCAAGAGGUGGCUCAGUCCUGUCUUGUCAGUGAAUCCCCAUCCCUGUUUGGGGAGGAACACCUAAUGUUUGUAUCCUGCCUGGAAUGGUUUUGUAGGCGGGUUCUGGAGGGUGCUCUCAUCCUGCUGAUUUGGAAAAAAUUUUUAUAGCCUCCUUUGUCCAACCUUGAGUUCUGCAGAGGUUGUUGCCGUCCUCCUCCCUCUAUCAGGGACCGCAGGCAGGUGAACAAUGAAAUGGAUCAUAAAAACUACCAAAGCGCAGAAGGUAUCCAUGGAAAAGCUCUUUUUUUCAGCUGGAGAUGGUGCUUUUUUCAGCUGGAUGAGUGCAGCCUUCAGGAGUGGUGUGUUUUACCUGCUUAUCAGGUUGGCAAGAUCCCAGGUUUGCUCGAGCCAGCUGCUCCGUGCAGGGCCCCCGCUCCUCUCCCUGCAGCCUGUUUCAAGGUAGGGAAUGACCUGGCUCGCUCCUGCAGCGUGAAAUUCAGAUAAGCCAGGACUGUUCUCACAUGGAAGUUUUCAGUUCAGCAUUGACCUCCCUGGGGCCAAAAGAAGGGGAAAAACUUCAUCCUUAGCUUAGUUUGGGUGGGACCUGCUGCGGGCAGGGUGGGAACCACCUGAGCCGCUCAUGCGAGAGGGAAUUGGUGGUUUUGAAAGCACCAGGCAUGUGACGCUUACGUAUCUGGCCAGUUUUUAAACCCUAAACGUGUUUUUAAUAGGGACCUGUGUUAUCGUGCAUGUGCCUGAAGGAGCGUGUGGGUGCAGGGAGAUGUGCAGGGCUGUGCCCCAGCCGGGCAGGCUCUGCUGUGGGUGAUGGCUGGUGCUGAAGUCUUGUCCGGGAGCAUUUUGGGGAGGAAACUGCUGGAAAGCAGGGUUUGCAAAAGAAAGGAUCUUCCUGCUUCCAGUAGGAAGGGAACUGGCUGUUGUCCUUUGUUCUUCACAGUUAAGAUACGCCCUUGGGAUGAUUUUACCCUUAAAAUUGACCAUCAGGCCUGAGCCUGCCCUUUGGAGGGCUCGUCGGGGACCCAGACGCCCACCUAAGCCCCUUCGGCUUUCAGGGAUGGAGGGAUUUAUCGGCGUGCUCCAAGCAGCCCCCAUAGCGCUCCCCUCCCCGGCCCCUCGCUCCUCAUCCAGAGUCUUCCAGGUGAGACAGGGCAGGCGGGACCCCCAAUCCCAGACAUCCCCCCGGGAUUAACGGGGUCCCAGCGGUGCUGCCUCUGACCGUGCCUCCAGCUGAAAAGCACAACCGGUGCCCAGAAACACAGCGGCCUCCCGGGGUGAGCUCCCAGUGCCCCUCGGGGUGCUCCCCACCCCAGCCAGGGCUUUACUUCGAAAAUCGCUGGUGGGCAGCGAGUAACACUGGAUCUGGACUUGCCUUUAGAGAAGGAAUGAGCAGAUACUGGCAGCUCUGAGUGCAGGACCUCGUGCUGCUCAUCGCCAGGACUGUUGAACCACCCUUUGGUAGAAAUGCAGCUUUGCUUAAUUUUUUUUUUUUUUUGGUGUGUGCUUAAUUUAUUAAAAUAGUUGCUGAUUAAUUUAUUUUCAUAAACUAUAUUAAAAAGUUACUAAAUGGUAAAAACAGACUUGCAGGCCAAUCUUUCAGAAGAAAAAAAAAAUGUUUUUGAUAUAAACACAACAAAUGCACUUUUGGGUGUGUUUGGUUAUUUUUGGGAGUGGGGAGGGGGAGCCUGGCUGUACCUGUGGGUUUGUCUGUAUAUAUUGUAUUAAUAGGCAUGUUUGGCCUCUCGUGUGGAGACAUUAGUAACUGCUGCAGGUCCUGUUGGGGAAGCUGGUGUGAAGUUCCCGGUUUUUUUGUUUCGGGGUUCUUUGGUUUUUGGGGGUUUUUUUUGGGUAAGUCGUCAGUGAGGGAGAGCUGACUUCUGUGUUUGUAACUCAUUUCUAUCGUCGUUUUGACUGAUGGUUUUUUGGUUUGGGGUUUUUUUUUUGUUUUGU